UUGCUCGUUUAACUUUACGACCUGUUGAAAAAUGAUUCAUGAAGUGAUUGAAUUAAAAUCCGUAAUGAAACACCCUGUGAAUAAAACAUUGAAACGUCAAUAUGAAAAGGAGAAAGUACACGACCUAAACAGUUUUAAGUAAAUCCCCGGAUUGGUUUAGUUCAGAAGUUUGUUGUUACGCAUAGCAUGGUUGCCCGUUGUAGUGCUUCGUUCUGCCGACAGGAACUAGGGGCUGGGGUUACCUGGUUCCUUUUUCCACCACAACAUCAUCGAAAAUGUAUCUGGAUGAAACGACUACAAGUCACCGAAGAUCCAAAACGACCCUACAUGUUGGCGUGUCGAAAGCACUUUUCGGAAGCUCAAUUUCGUAACUCAGUCAGUGGCAAACAGCUGGUUAGUGAUGCAGUUCCGGAUAUGUUCGUUGCUGAAGAUGAUGAUGAGGAAGAGGAGGAUGAAGAAUGCAAUGAAGACAUAUCUCUACCGGAUCGUAGAGACCGGAUCCCGGAGAUUGAAAAUGUGUCGUACAAUGGUGUGUGCCGUUUCUGUCUCAAAAAGAAUAUCAAUGUGAGGUCGCUUUUCCCAGAUCAUAAAGAUGAGGAAAUUCCAAGCCCAUUGGUUAUUUGGCAAACGGUGGGCAUCAACAUUGAUCCGGACGACAACUUACCACACGGUAUCUGUGAAGAUUGUCUAAGAAUGAUCGAGAGCAUCAAGCGCAUUCGUGAUCGGUUUCAAGUCAUCGACAGAAAAUUGCGUCAAAAUUAUGUACUUGCCGUCGAGGAAGCCAAUGAUAUGGAAUCGACAACGGAAUCGAGGGUCAAUGGGGAAUCAGAACAGUCGAAUAUUUUACUACUUGAAGUCUUCGAGAAUACUGCUACUACCGAUGGGCAGACAGAGGAACAGUUGCUAACCAGCGAUCAGAUAACCAUUGUGGAAGUGGAUGAUAUGCGGUUCGACAACUACAGCGUUUUGGCCAAAGGUUCUACUACUUCUGCUCGUCAGGUAGCAAAGAAUGGGCUUGAAUUGAAGCCAUCGGUUAAAAGACGACGCCGUGGCGAUCAAUUUGCAACAAACUGAGCUAGACAAGCAGGGCAUUUAGGAGGAAAUUAUGGAUUUUUUUAUAAACAUUAAAACAUAUAUUGAAUGUUAAUCUUAAGAUAAAUACUCGAAAAAAAAAUAUACACUGCUAUCAAC